ACAAAGGUCUUACUCUGUUCCUCUAAGUGUAAAACUGUUCAGAUCAGCGGAGCUGCAUUUCUUACCUAAAAUUUUAACAUUUUAUUAGAGUUUCAUCUUUAAAUCAGGAGAAAAAUGAAUUUUACAAAGGAGAAAGUGACCAUCAACAACCCAGCGGACAUCACUGUGAUCCUCGGAUACUUCGUGAUCGUCAUCGGUGUGGGAAUCUGGUCCAUGUUCAGGACUAACCGUGGGACGGUGGGCGGAUACUUCCUGGCAGGACGGACCAUGGUGUGGUGGCCUGUUGGCGCGUCUCUGUUUGCGAGUAAUAUCGGCAGUGGGCAUUUCGUGGGGCUGGCGGGUACAGGGGCUGCCAGUGGAAUAGCUGUAGGAGGAUUUGAAUGGAAUGCUUUAUUCAUAGUGCUGCUGCUGGGGUGGCUGUUCGUUCCAGUCUAUUUAACUGCUGGGGUGAUCACAAUGCCACAGUACCUGAAGAAGAGAUUCGGUGGGACCAGGAUCAGUUUGUACCUGUCCGUCAUCUCGCUCUUCCUCUACAUCUUCACCAAAAUCUCUGUGGAUAUGUUCUCUGGAGCAGUGUUCAUACAGCAGGCACUGGGGUGGAAUAUCUACAUCGCAGUGAUUGCUCUGCUCACAAUAACAGCACUUUAUACUGUUACAGGUGGGCUGGCCGCUCUAAUGUACACCGACACUGUUCAGACCUUCAUCAUCAUUGCUGGAGCCUUCGUACUCAUGGGCUUCUCUUUCAGGGAGGUGGGCGGGUACAGCACCCUGCUGGAGAAGUACAGCUCCGCCCUGCCGUCUCCGUCUCUCAGACUGUCCCCAAGCCCACACCUCUACAACAUCUCCUCAGCCUGCUACACCCCUCGCCAGGAUGCCUUCAACCUGCUCAGGGACCCCGUAACCGGGGACCUGCCGUGGCCCGGCGUGGUGUUUGGCAUUGCCAUCGUAGGAGGCUGGUACUGGUGCACUGACCAGGUGAUUGUGCAGCGCUGCCUGGCUGCCCGCAGUCUGACCCACGUGAAGGCUGGGUGUAUCAUGUGUGGGUACCUGAAGCUCCUCCCCAUGUUCCUCAUGGUGUUCCCAGGCAUGAUCAGCAGGGUACUGUAUCCGGAUGAGGUGGGGUGUGUGGCGCCAUCUGUGUGUAAAGAAGUGUGUGGCACAGAAGUGGGCUGCUCUAACAUCGCUUACCCCAAACUGGUAGUGUCGGUCAUGCCCAACGGUCUGAGAGGGUUAAUGCUAGCCGUGAUGCUAGCAGCCCUUAUGAGCUCCUUAGCCUCCAUCUUCAACAGCAGCAGCACCCUCUUCACCAUGGACAUCUGGACCAGGAUCCGGCCUCAGGCCAGGGACAGGGAGCUCAUGAUAGUCGGCAGGGUGUGGGUGCUCUGUAUUGUUGCAAUCAGCAUCUGCUGGAUCCCUGUGGUCCAGGCUGCUCAGAGCGGUCAGCUGUUCGACUACAUCCAAUCAGUAACCAGUUACCUGGCUCCACCGAUAGCGGCGGUCUUCUUUCUGGCUAUAUUUGUGAAGAGAGUGAAUGAGCCGGGGGCUUUCUGGGGGCUGAUGGGGGGGCUGCUGAUGGGUCUGUGUCGUAUGGGACCAGAGUUCUACUUCGGAUCCGGCAGCUGCCUCUUUCCUUCCAACUGCCCUAAACUCAUCUGUGGGGUUCAUUACCUGUACUUCGCUGUUCUGCUCUUCUUCUGUACUGGCAUACUGGUCCUGCUGGUGAGCUACUGGACCCCGCCCAUCAAUGACCGACAUCUCCACCGCCUGGUCUUCAGUCUGCGCCACUCUAAAGAGGACCGGGUUGACCUGGACUGGGAGGAAGUGGAGCGAGGGAGGAAGGCUCGCAGAGAAGUGGAGGAAAAAAAUAAGGCCACAAGAAACGAAGAGAAUGAAACAAAUAAGGAUAAAUCUGCUAUUCUCCGUCUGAUUGGCUGGUUUUGCGGAUUAAGUGGAUCUCAAGCUCCUGAACCCACCGAAGAGGAAGUCGCAGAAGCAUCAAAGCAGUUACCAGACAUCAGUGAAGAACCCGUUUGGAAGCACUUUGUAAAUGCUAAUGCGCUGGUAAUGAUGGCUGUGGCUGUCUAUUUCUGGGGCUUUUAUGCUUAAGAGCAGCAAACCGUUAACACUUGUGUCCGACACAUUACUCUGGAACUUAUGGUUACAUAUAAAACAAUUUCUGCAUUAAGAGAAACAUGGCUGUAAGAACAGCAGCAACACAGCAUUAGUGUUAGUGGUAAAGCGCUUAGGUAGAACAAGGUAAUUGACCAUCCUGAAUAAGAUCUGGCUAACAGAGUGUAUACCCCAGAAGUUAUUCAGUACAAACACCCAAUAAAAGUGUAUAUAUUGUGUGUGCGCAUCACAAUAUAAAAAAAAAAAAAAAACAGGACUGAAUUCUAAUUCUAAAAUAUGAUUUGCAGAUUUUUUUUUUAUGUUUCUCUGCUGUCCUGUGUAGAUUACAAUUUUACAAUGAUUACAAACAAGCAUACAGUAUAAACUUUAAUGUGUUAUUAAUAAAAAGGAAAUAAAAGCUGAUGAUCAUCAGGUGCAGUGCUGUUAUAUCAUUGCAUAAAUGCAAAUAAAAAGGGACAAAGUUACA